UGGCACGCCCAUAAGGUUAAAAAAAAAAUAGCAUGGCACAUCAUUUUAUUUUUUCACAUGAACCACUUAUUGAUAUCAUUGCACCUAUUCAAGCAUGCCCUUUAAUCCACCCAUUCUAACCAAUUAUCUUUCAUUAUUUUUUUAAAUAUUUUUUCAUAAUCUAUCUUUUAUCCAUUUUAUUUGUAACUAUAUAUAUAUAUAUAGUUCUCUAGAUGUUGUCAAGUAGUAGUACAUACAUAUUCUAGUGUUAGUUACAAAAGUUUUGAAGUACAAACACUAUUUCUUGAGAUAUUCUAGUGAGGUGAGUGAAAUAAUAUUACAACGAACGUACGUACGUUUUUUUUUUAUAAACUUGAAAACGUUACGUGUUUUGUGAUUUGAUUAUAUUAUGGCUGUAUGUUCGGAGAAGAAUGAUACUGAAACGGGGGGCCAGCCCGUUUCAGCAAUUGGGUUUGAGGGGUUCGAAAAGCGGCUCGAGAUUAAGUUCUCGGGUGCGCCGGUUUUUAGUGAUCCGUCCGGGUUGGGACUUCGGUCCCUGACUCGGUCUCAACUCGACUCGUUCCUCGAUGAGGCUUCAUGUACUAUCGUGGCUAAUUUGUCGAAUUCGGAAUUCGACUCGUACGUGUUGUCCGAGUCGAGUUUGUUUGUGUACCCACAUAUGAUCGUCCUCAAGACAUGUGGGACCACAAAGUUGCUCCUUGCUAUUGAUCCCACUCUCAAAUUGGCUGAAUCAAUUGGACUCAUUGUGUCAAGUGUGCUCUACUCAAGGGGAACAUUUAUUUUCCCAAAUGCCCAAGUUGCCCCUCAUAGAAGCUUCUCGGAGGAAGUUAGUUACUUGAAUGGUAUUUUUGGUAAUUUAUCAUCUGGGCCCCACGCUUAUGUGUUGGGUGAUCCGACGGUCCCGAAUCGUCAUUGGCAUAUCUACUCAGCAUCUUCGGUUGAUGACGUGGAGGAUCGGGCGGCUGUGGUUACUUUAGAGAUGUGUAUGACGGGGUUAAAUCGGGAAAAAGCCGGUGUUUUUUACAAAAAAGAGGGACAUUUGGCUAAGGAAAUGACCAAAAUGUCCAAGAUUAAUGAAAUUAUUUCAAGUCACGUGAUAUGCGAU